AAUUAAAACUCCCCAGUAAAUAUGGAAAAUCAAUUCGAACUUUUAUACAGCAAAUUGAAAAUAGAAAUGCAAAAACAAACACUAGAAUUAACCAAUAAUAUUAUGGAGAAAAUAGACGAAAAAAUUAAACCUGUCCUUGAAGAAAACAAAAAGCUGCGAAAUGAACUAGUAAAAUUAGAGAAAAAGGUGGAAUAUAUGGAAAGAGAUAAAAAACUUAACAAUAUCAUAAUUUAUGGGAUGAAAGAAGAAGAAGAGUCUACGUUAGAACUAUUUACAAAAGUAAAGGAAUGCUUUUUACAAGAAUUGGAAAUAAAUGUAGAAGAAUGGGAAAUAAACAAAAUACACCGUAUUGGAAACAUACAAAAAAGUGGAAAACAGAGGCCUGUACUCCUUUCUUUUGUAAGCGUAUGGAAAAAGAGGGAAAUUAUGGAAAACAAAAAGAAACUAAAGAAUAUAUAUAUUGCAGAAGACUACUCCAAGGAAACACUAGAAAAAAGAAAGGCACUACAACCUCAGCUUAUAGAGGAAAGGAAAAAAGGAAAUUUUGCCAUCAUUAAAUAUGAUAAAUUAAUUGUUAAAAGAAACACUAUAAAGGAGAAGAGGAAAAGGCAGACACCUACCCCUCCUGAAACGGAUGCACAACCGAGGAAACAAAAGACAUUAAACACUUUGUCCAACAAGAGAAUUAACGCAUUUGAUAAAAUGAAAGGUCGAUCGCUAUCCUUUACUGGAAACCUAGACGCUGAAGAACAAUAACAACUAAACACUGGUCACCGGAAACAGCAAACAAAUAAUAAACAGAACAAAGUAAUUGACAAUAAAGAAACAAAUAUCUCUCCCCCAAGACGACUGGUCCUCGUGGGGGGAAAAGACCACAACCCUCCAACAACACAAGAUAAGAAUAGCAAAAACAGGCGUCGAAAACCAAAAGUUCCAAAACUUUAUAUAGCAGCCCUUAAUGUACUCACAUUGAAAAACGAGGAAAAUCUGGUAGAACUCAUACAU